CCGCCAGACGCUGUCCCACCCUCCCCUCUCCGACCACCAGCCACGGCCUUCCUCUCGUUCCUAUCUCUUCUUAUUUGUAAGUGUCGGAUUCCUGCACUGAGCAAAGAUACUCAGAUAAUACAUGAAGAACCCUCCUCUACUUUACUUAAUCUUCUUCACUUGUAUACUCCUCAUCAAGGUGGCUGCAUAUUAGAAAUAAGAAGGCCAUGGAGUUCAUAGCGAACUCAAUGAUCGCCGCCUCAUUCCUCUCCUCAGGACUGCAAAAGAGAACUUUGAAUUGGCUUGGAGGCUGACAACUCAAAUACCCAUGCUAGUUAUCGGUUGUCCAAAUUGCAUUUGAAGUAUCAUGCUCCUGGAGCUUGUAAAGCUUUAUGAGUUAACUUUCUAAUUUUGUUUUGCUUGUAUGAGAUGUAGAAAUCAUCACUACACUAAUGGGUCAAAAUGGUCUGAGAUCUAAAUUAGCAAAAUUUGAAUUUUAAUUGUUCUCCUUCUUCCAAAAAGAAUAUUGGAAUUGGGUUGGUUUUAAAUUGAAGAUUGGAGACCUUGUCUACUGUGAGUGCUUAUAUCUGAUCUUUUAAAGUAUUUAGAUAACAGUUUAGAACUGUGGAUGGGGCUUUCCAACUUUUUGGUUGUCUGUACCUUUCAGUGUCAAAAAGUCCUAUCCAUAUAAACUAUAACUUGGCUAGUUAUUAUAUUUCUGCAAUCCAUUUUGAUAGUCAAUUUUUACAAGUAAAAUGUCAUGUAAAGUUAAUCAUUUUUUGAAUGUUUGUUGGUUGAUCUCAUGUAUUUAGUUCGUUUAUUUCAGUUAUUGACUAAUUAAAAUUUUCUAUUAUCUGUUCUAUUGUGUACAAUAUUAAUGCUGUUUUUUCUCUUUUUCAUGACACAGAAGAGCUGCUUUGUUAGUGGUAGUUGCAGAUAUGGGUGAUCCAGAUGCGCAAUGUGAAUUAGGCUGCCAUCUGAGAGUUGAGAAUGAUUAUGUUCAAUCAGAGCAACAAGCUUUCUAUUAUUUGGGGAAGGCAAUUGACCAGCACUUUUUGCAGGGGCAUGCUGGUGCAGCUAUAGCAUAUCGAUCUUUCCUUCUUAGAGGUGCUCAAUUCCCAGAAUCACUAAUGAAAUUCAAUUUGAAGAGGAGGUCCUCUACCAAAAAGGCAAAAAAUCAUGAAAGCACAGUGAUGAAUCCAGUAGAGAUGGCAAAAGAACAUUUCCUGGUAGCAGCAAAAGCAGGAAGUGCUCUUGGAUUGAAAUGGUUGCCACGACUUGAGGAGGUAGAGAAACGCCUACUUACUGAGAGGAGCUCUAAAGAUCUGUACCAAGCUAAAUUGAUCCAUCUUAAGUUGGACAUCUGUGAUACUUCAGGGAUUCCCUAUUACUUGAUGUUUGAUCAAAGGCCCAUUAACAUUCUACAUUGAGAUGAUCUGUACUGCAUUGCCAUCAGUUCUCAGCUUCAAGUUUUGAUAUGUGAUUAGAGAAUAGUCCACACCACUUUUAAAUUGAACUUUUAAAACCUCUUGUUUUUAUCCAAUAUCUAAGGGUUUGCUCUCC